AUGUCAUAUGAACGUUUUAUAUUAUGGGCAAAUAAAAUAUUUCCAGUAAUUAUACUACCAUUAGCAACAAUUGGUAAUAUUCUUUGUUUCUUUGUUUUUUUUCGUCAAAAAUUUCAGCAUCGAUUAACCCGAACAUCUUCAACACUUCUUCGUUUGUUAUGUAUCAAUGAUUUACUCGUACUCUACUUAUUUACUAUCGAUUUAUUAUUGAAAACCUAUACAGUAAAAACCCGUCAUCCUCUUCGAAUUUACUUUAGUCCAUUUACAUGUCGUCUAUAUAAAUUUGUUCGUUAUAGUUUAUUUGACUUAACUGCCUAUUUGCAAGUAGCUUUGACCACCGAUCGUUUCAUAUGUUGUGUCCAUCGAUCAUACUAUAGCCAUUGGCGUCGACAUAAUUACGUAUACCGAUUACUUCUGUUUGCAUUAGCAGCCAUUUUAAUAAAAAAUUCAUCUUUUUUAACAAUACUUUACGGUUAUUAUCGUGGACAAGCACUGAAUAGUACAAUGAAAAGAAUGAAAUAUAAUCAAACGCUUGCUAAUGUACGAUGUUCUCCUCAUCUCGAUUCACAAUUCUUUCAAGUCUAUAUGGCAUACGGACAAUCAAUCAUCGAUAUUAUUUUCGUCACAUUUCUACCAUUUUUUUUAAUUUUAUUUCUAAAUUAUAAAAUUUUAAGAGAAGUACAACGAAGUCGACAACGAUGUUUUUCGAUAACGCGAGCUUUACAUCUGUCAACAUCACCACCACCACUCACCCCCAAUGGAAUUAGACUUUUGGCAAAAUCCCGUCAACAACGUCUGAAUUUAACAUUAACACUUGUCAGCAUUUCAAUGGUAUUUAUCUUGAGCACAGCUCCUUAUAAAAUAUUUAAAGUAUUUGAACGACACGACAAACUAAAGCGAGAUUUAAAAUCGGAUGUAUAUCAAAGUGAGCCCAAACGUCCUAAAUUACAAAUGACCGAAGUAUUUAUUGAUUUUCUAGAAUUUGUUUCGUGUUCCACACCAUUUUUUGUCUGUUUUUGUACUUCAAGUAUGUUUCGUGAUGAACUUCGAAAAAUGUUCGCAUAA